AUGUACGUGAGCUACCUGCUGGACAAGGAGGGCCCCUCCAUGUACCCGGGCCCGGUGCGCCACGCGGGGGGGCUCAACUUGGCUGCGGCGGCUGCGGCGGCGGCGGCGGCGGCGCAGAACUUCGUGGGCGCCCCGCAGUACCCGGACUACGGCGCCUACCAUGUGCCGGCCGGGAUGGCGCUGGACAACGCGCAGUCGCCCGGCUCGCCCUGGCCCGGCGCUUACGGCGCGCCCCUCCGCGACGACUGGAACGGCUACGGGGCGGCGGGCGCCCCGGGGGCGGCGGGGGCGGCCGGCGCCCUGCACGGACCGGGCGCGGCGGGCUUGGCCUACAGCCCCGCCGGGGAGUACCACCCGCACGCCCACCAUCACCCCCACCACCACCCCGCGCAGGGCGCCGCGGCGGCCCCUUGCAGCGGCCCCCCGUCCGGGGGCCUGAUGUCGCCGCUCAACCCGCCGCCCGGCUCGAAGCAGCUCUCCCCCGGCGCCCAGCAGCAGAACCCCUGCGACUGGAUGAGGAAGCCCACGGCGGGGGGACCCGUGAAAACCAGGACGAAAGACAAGUACCGCGUGGUCUACACGGAUCACCAGCGGCUGGAGCUGGAGAAGGAGUUUCACUACAGCCGUUACAUCACCAUCCGGAGGAAAGCUGAGCUGGCAGCCACCUUGGGAUUGUCUGAGAGACAGGUAAAGAUCUGGUUUCAGAACAGACGGGCCAAGGAAAGGAAGAUCAACAAGAAGAAGUUGCAACAAACUCAACCAGGCGGGGUGCAUAGUGGUUCUGAACCCAUGAGCCCAGUCUCCUCCAUGCAGCCAGGGACAACGGGCUCUGGCCCCAACGGAGGAGUCUUGGGUGCCACUGGCUUAGCACCCCCCACUGUGCAGUGA